CCCUACUUUCUCUGCAAAAGCUUGUUUAGGAUCUUUGCCAACCAUGGUCAAUAGAAGCAUUCAGUGCAGACUACGUAGUGAUGCAUUCAAAGUGGGCCAGGGAUUUUCUUAAAAGUCAGAUGUUCUGCAGUCCUUGACUCUUGCUUCAGAGAUUCUAGGAACUUCUGUCCUCAUCAGGCAAAUUUGUAGAGUGUACAAAGGAGCAGUGGCAGCGCGCAGUGCAUCGCUGUCGGGGGUGCAAUGAGAACAUCCAGAGUGUUCUGAGAAUACCUUUCCUAGGGUAGUGGUGAGGAGACUGAGGGAGGGAGAGGUGGCAAGUGUGAGAAACAAGAUAGGCUUAGUCUCACUGUGGUUCUUCCUCCUCUUAGCUCUCCAGGUUUUUGCUUUUCCAAACAGAAAGGGCAGUGCAUGAAGCCAGGAGUCAUCAGCCAUUCUCCAGACAUGGUCCCAGGACACGCCCUCCCUGAAGUUCAGGCCCCUCCCUUUGCCUCCAGCUAGGGCUUGAGAAGAAGCCUGUUGUUUCAGGAGCCAGUGACCUUUGAGGACGUGGCUGUGUACUUCACCCAGAACCAAUGGGUCAGCCUGGUCUCUGCGCAGAGGGCUCUGUACAGGGAGGUGAUGCUGGAGAAUUACGCAAACAUAACUUCCUUGGCAUUUCCAUUCCCCAAAUCAGAUCUGGUCUUCUGGCUGAAGCGAGGGGAAGAACCAGGGCGCCUGGAUCCCUGGACACUGGUCGGGAGAGAGCACCCGAGAGGCACCUGCAGAGGUCGUGAAACCAAGACUGAGAAUGGAGGGCAGACUGCAGAGCUGGGCAUUUCAAAGGGACCAGAGUCUCACAAGUUGAUAACGGAGGUGCUGCUGGUGGAUGUUCCCAGGCACCCUCUCUUUGAGAACAGCUUAGAGAAGCUGCAACUGUUUGACCCAGGGAAGGAAAAAUACUCAAAGAACGGCGAUUUCACAGAUUUGCCAGUCCAGGAUCAUCCAUCCUCCACUGUUGAAAGAGAAGAGAUAGCUAGACAAUUGGAAGGAAGCUGUGGUAUCUGCAUGCAUCUCAUUAUUAAGCAGGGCCUCCCUAGAGAACAGGUAUUUUAUAAUUGUGGUGAGUGUGGCAGAUAUUUCAACCAACAUUCAGACCUUCACCAGCAUCAGAGAAUUCAGAUGGACAAGAGGCCCUACAAAUGCAAAGAAUGUGGCAAAGCCUUCAGCUAUAACUCAGAACUGUCAUGGCACCAGAAGAUCCACACUGGGGAGAAACCGUACCCUUGCCAGGAAUGUGGACAAGCCUUCAGUCAAAACUUGCACCUCCUUCAGCAUCAGAAACUCCACAGGGGAGAGAAGUCCUACGAAUGUAAGGACUGUGGGAAAACCUCAGCUACAACUCAAAACUUACCCGGCAUCAGCGAAUCCACACUGGGGAGAAACCCUUUAAGUGUAAGGAAUGUGGGAAGGCUUUCGGGUGUAACUGACCGCGUCAUCCAUGAGCGAAUUCACACUGGGGAGAAGCCAUACGAAUGUAAGGAGUGUGGGAAAACCUUCAGCUACAACUCAAAACUUAUCCAGCAUCAGCGAAUCUACACUGGGGAGAAACCCUUUAAGUGUAAGGAAUGUGGGAAGGCUUUUGGGUGUAACUAUGACCGCGUCAUCCAUGAGCAAAUUCACACUGGGGAGAAGCCAUACGAAUGUAAGGAGUGUGGGAAAAGCUUCAGUUCAAAUUCAGUCCUGAUUCAGCAUCAGAGGAUCCACACCGGGGAGAAACCUUACAAAUGUAAGGAGUGCAGCAAGGCUUCCCACUGAAGUUCGCUGUUUCUCCAGCACCAGAGGUUCCACACUGGGGAAAAGCUCUAUAAAUGUAACAAAUGUUGGAAAACUUUCAGUUGUAGCUCACGCUUUAUAGUACAUCAGAGAAUCCACACUGGGGAGAAACCUUAUGAAUGCCAGGAGUGUGGGAAGGCGUUCAGUCAGAAAAUCACCCUGGUUCAGCGCCAGAGAGUUCACACUGGGGAGAAACCUUAUGAGUGUAAAGUGUGUGGGAAAUCCUUCAGAUGGAGCACAAGUUUCAUUCACCAUCAGAAACUGCACACCAGGAAGAAACCUGACCAAGUUACAAGGCCAUCCCUGGUGAAGCCCUGCCACCCCACUUCAGUCCUAUCCCCUCUGUCUCCCCAACAUGCACGACCUGCCCCAGCCACGCCAGGGGCUCCCCUGUCUUGUCCACGGGCACCGCUGCUUCCUCCUUCUGUGCCUCUCUUCCUGUUGCUCUUGUUAACUUGUUAACAAGAUGUUACUUAA